CCAGUUCUAAAAAAAAAUAAAUUUUAAGAUUGUUGGGUAAUAUUAGAAGGAAGAUUCACCAAGACUUUUCACUUUUAGGCUUUUCUGAUUCUAGUUAAAAGUAAUUUUCUUUCAGUUUCAAGGGAGUUCAUUUUUGCAUCUCUAUUCAUUAACUUUAGUCAAGCAUCCACUCUGCAAAUAAGCCAUGUUUAAUGCACUGCUACUUAAUUUUUCAAACAUUUUGUAGUAAUUUUCCAAGUAGAACUGGCUGAACGUAAGCACUCAAUAAAAAAAAAAAAAUCUCCAAAUGAUAAUGUGCACUUUUCUAAAAGCCUUUGACUUGGUGGCCAGUAUACAAGUGAUAAACCUAAUUAGUGGGUGCUGGAGUUGCAGAAUUUAAUUUUCAGAUAAUCUAUUCAUCCUUUCUUGAUUGAUAGCAUUGGUAGUCAUAGCAGCAGAACUUCAUUUUUGGUUUUGCAUGUUAGAUAUAUCUGUUUCUCUAUGAUUGUUGGAAUUAUCAGUUCUUUCUUUUUCAUUGUGUUUGUUAGUUUUUCUUUAGAAACAUUUGUUAAGUGCUUGCUGUGAUAUUUAAUAGCCUUCAUGAUACCUGCAAGUGAAAACACCCUGCUAUGAAGAAGCAGAAACUGUUCAGUAGCCACUCAAAACCUCAAAUGAACUGCCAAACAGUGAAGACAGCAUGAGAAAACUCAAGCCCUCAGAAAGUUUUCAUAAAUGAAAGUUUAUUAGAAACAAGAACCACUUGGUGUGCAGGAGGCAACCAGAAGGGAAAAUGCAAUGUUGACAAAGCACGUGCCAAAAUGACAGCGAUGGACGUCCUGUCUGAAAGAUGUCCAGAGAAACCCAGACUUGUGUCCUGGGUAGCAAUUCAUGCUGUAUUUCUAAAACCCUCUUAUUUCUUUCAGGACUUCCCUCUAAUUCUUCAGGCUUCCGAUGUCUUACUGCUCUCAUGGGAUUUCUGAAUGUUGUAUUUCUGGGAGCCAUGAUCACAUUAAUUCAGCAAUGUGACUUACUCUCAAGUGACACAGGGAAGCCCAGAGACAAUCUUUCUGAAACUGGUACUGUCUUUGAGGAAGAUCUUCAUGAAAACAGAUUACUGACUACAUUAAAAGAAAGCUUAUGCAUGCAUACAAAUGACUCCAGAUGCGAACUCUGCCCCACUGGCUGGAAGUUGCACUAUGGGAGAUGUUAUUUCUACUCAGAAACUCGUGACACCUGGGAAAACAGUAGAAAGUAUUGCUCAGGAAAAAAAUCUGAACUCCUGAUUAUAGAGGAUGAGGCUGAAAUGGAUUUCCUAAACAAACUGAAGGAUAAAGACAUUGGCUUUGUUUGGACUGGAUUAAGCUUUGAUGAAGAGCAAGGCAGGUGGGUAUGGCUCAACGAUACCAGGCAUCCAAAGCACAGUUUUACAAUAAAAGGAAGGAAGAAAGAAGAGAAAUGUGCUGCCUAUAAGUUGACAGAAAUGCAUGCUGAUAACUGCCAUUCCCUGUACAAGUGGAUUUGUAAGAAAAGUGCAGUCCUUCUGGACAUCUAAGAUAUUAUUAAGUGCAAGCAAAUGGGUUCUUUGAAGGGUCUUUGGAGGCUUACACCACUUAAGAGUGGGUAGGAUAUCUGAUCUAAAAUGAAGGGAAAACUGUUGACCUGAAUUGUGAUGAAUCAAUGCAGUGUGAUUCUGUUUGUGAUUAAAGUCAAGGAUGAUUUCAGGCUUGUGUCUCUCUUCUUUUGAGAAUGGUGGCAUAAAAUCUGUGUGUCUUUGUGCAUGCUGAUGCAUUGCCCCUUAAAUCUAAUAAA